UUUAGGGAACUGAACAGAAGUUGGGAUCUUAGUUUGGACCAUUUCAGCAAAGACGUACCAAACUUGCAGCCUGAAGGGUGAAGUUUCUUCUAAUGCAAUGACCCAGCAGCCGCAGGAGGAAUUUGAAAGCAGCGUGGAGAGUGCGGUAGACUGGAUGAAAACCAUCCAGGAGAGAUUGCGGAUCAAUGACAACACCAAGGGGCCUCGGUCUGCCUUGGAGGCCAGGCUAAGGGACACAGAGAAAAUUUGUCAGUUGGAGCCUGAAGGCCGGUUGAAAGUCGACUUGGUACUAAUGAAGGCUGAUGCUCUACUUCGGUGCCUCAGUGAGGAGAAAAAGCAUGAGAUUUUAUCCAAACUAAAAGACGUUAAAGCCAUGUGGGAAGAAACUGCCAUAUAUAUUACUCACUGCCACAGCCGUAUUGAGUGGGUGUGGCUGCACUGGAGUGAAUACUUGAAGGCUCAAGAUGAAUUUAAUGUCUGGAUUCACAACAUGAAGGUGACCUUGGAGCCCGACAUAGAGUUACAGCUUGGCUUAAAGGAGAAGCAGUGGCAGCUGAACCAUGCCCAGGUCCUGCUCAAUGAUGUCAUCAAUCAAUCAACCCUUCUGGAAAGGCUAUUGGAGGAAGCUGCUUCUUUGUAUAAUAGGAUUGGGGACCCUAGUGUAGAUGAGGAUGUACAAAAAAAGAUGAAGCUGGAAUAUGAAGAAGUCAAGACUGAAGCACAGAGGAGAGUCCAACUGCUUGAGAAGAUAACACAAGAGCACCAGCAAUACAAAACCAACGUUGACCAGUUUCAGCUGUGGCUGACUCGUGUGACAGAAAGAUUAAACGGCUGCCUCAGCCAAGGAGGAAAAGUACUGGCAGAAAACAGAAUUAAGUCCCUGCAGGACAUUGCCAAAGAUGUGAAGAAUGGUGAGAAGAAACUGAGACAUCUCGAAGCUCAGUCUGCAGGCGUGAUGCAAAACACCUCCCCGCUGGGAGCAGAGAAGAUGAAAGAUGAGCUGGAGGAACUGAAAAAAGCACUGGAGAAGCUGAAGCUGGCAUGCCUUGAGGAAGAGGAGAGACUGAUGAAGACUCUCCGGUCAGAAAAUGCCUACCACUCGCAAGCCAGGCUGUUAGAGGCCGAGGUCCAAGAGUUCCGCAAAAGCCUGCAAAGACUAAGAAACAACUUUGAACCAAACGACCGAGUGAGAAGCGAAGAGGACUUGAUCGCUCUGUGGAGGAGAUACAUGGCAACAAGAGCAGCUCUUACAGAAGAGGAGUCCAAGGUCGAGAGGCUGAAGACUCAACUUAAGGAGCUGUUCAGGUUUUCACAGGACAUGCAGCCGCUGUCGGACAGCGUGUUAUGUGCAAUCCGGGAAUAUCAAAGCCUGAAGGGAAAGACGUUUAAAAUGAGCACGGAGACGGAGACAGAACUGAGGCAGCGCUUUCAAAACCCUCUCAGGGAGUUCCAGCUGUGGAAACCGUCAGCUCAAAGGCUCCUGGACACCACAGCAAAUGUCUCUGAUCCGACCCUGACAGAUGCUUUCUUGCUUCAGAUUGAGGAAUUUUUGGCUGAAAGCUCCCGCUUUAAGGAACAGCUCCUGAUGUUACAGCUGAAAAAGGAUUUCCUGAAUAGCAUCUUUGACGAGGAGAGGGCCAAGUCGCUGUUGGCUGAGGCAGCUGAUGCCACAAAAGAAAGAGAGCACAUACACAAAGGGCUGCUUCAAAGGAAAAGAAGGCUGCAGGCAUUGGUAUCUCAGCAUUUAGACUUCGAUGCCGUCUUUAAAGCCUUGCAGAAGAAACUGUCCAGUAUCAAAGCCAGUUUAGAUGCCGAGAAGGCACCAUUACCUGAUCUGUUGGGUAAACAAUCCCGACUGCAGAGAUUACAGACCAUCCAAGAAGAAAUGGCAGAGUGUGCCGUUCAAAUGGAAGAACUGGAAAAGUGUGCCCAGUCUGACCCAGCUCAGAUGCAGAAAAUAAAGCAGCUUUCCUCAGACUACCAAACGCUGAAGAGGCUACUGGAGAUCAUGAUUGCCCGGAAUAAGCUGCACGUGCAGGAACACUGGGCGUUCAAUGACAAAUUGCUUGAGCUCCAACAGUGGCUUACAGCGACUAGGCAGAAACUGGAAUCCUACCAGGAUGUUGGCGUGGGAUGGAAGACACACAACAGAGCAUCUGAUUUGGAGAAAUUGCAAGCAGAGUUUCCAGAUAAAGAGAUCCAGUUGCACCUCAUUGAGGCCCACGGGCAGUUGGUUGAGGAAAAUUCCUCUCAGGAGGGGGCUGCGCAUAUCCGGACAGAACUGAAGAAGCUGAAGGGAUCUUGGAAGUCGCUUGAAGACAUGAUGUCAAGUUUCCUAAAAAAAAUGCCCCCAAACUGGGUGAUGAUGGAUGCAGGAAAGAAGAUGACACUUUCAGACCAAACAUCAGCAGGAGGGCUUGCUUUUAACUCGGUGGUUGAGCACAAGCAUUAUGAGGAGGAUCUAGCCAAAGGGGAAGAUGCCAGUGAUUUCCAGCUCAAGAGGGACUUUGAACUUUGGUUGCAAGGAGAAAAUGCUACACUAUCAAAAAUUCUGGCUGUGAAACCAUCCAAUGGGGAAGAAUUUAAAGCAAAGCAAAGCAAGCUAAUGGAGCUCCAGUGCCAUGUUCCUGAAGGGCAGCGUCGCUUUGAAGAACUCCUCAGCCUUCCGCCAGUGGUCCGGAAUUCGGAGGAGCUGGAGGAGUUACGCUACCGUUGGAUGCUUUACAAAUCUAAGCUGAAUGACUCCAGCGAUUCAUUGAUUACAAGUUUUGGAGAAGAGCCAAACACAUUCAGAAAGGGACGAGGGAGAGGUGCCUGUUCCUUCCUCCGCCGGGUAUGCUGUGCAGCGCUCCCCCUCCAGCUGCUCCUGUUGCUCCUGCUUCUCCUGGCCUUUCUGCUCCCUCUCGUGGAGGAGACCCACAGCUGCAAGCUCGCCAACAACUUUGCACGCUCCUUCAACCUAAUGCUGAGAUACGAGGGUCCACCGCCAACUUGAAUCCUCCAAGCUCUCAGGUGCAGCCAAGGUGACA